AUGGGAGCUGCGAGAAGCAGGCCGGCACGCGAGGCGCCUGUGCGGUAUGUAGCAAAACAGAUUCCGCGUGCCGACAGGAUUCCGGUUGAACAGCAGUUCAAGAAACCGGAGUUUACCGCCCAAGGCAUCAACAGACGCCUCGAAGACGUCAACACGGAGCCUCUCAUGUACGUGGAAACUUCAAAGGAUGCGAGCAGCACGGAGCUGACAGACCACACGGCCCCCCGCUGGUACCUUAACACUUACAUGGAGAUGGUAGACAACCAACGCACAGAUCAAGUUAUCAUCAGCGGUAAUCUCCCACUUUCGUGGGAGCGUGACAAGUUUGAGCCCUACGCAUUGGUCCGUGGACGCAUUGAUGACGAGGAUUUAAAGUGGGUGCUUGCCGCGGAGCAGCGCAAGAAGGGGGUAGAUGAGCUUCUACCCUCGACAAAACUGGAAAGAAAUGUGCUACAGGAUAUUCUGGAUACCGUGGAACUUCCCCGUUUGCAGUACCGAAACUACAAGGGGAAACUUCAUAAAACUAUCGAAGAUGCAAACACACACAUCGCAGCGCGAAAAGAGCAGAUUGAAAGGGCGCGCGAGGCCGAAAUAUUGCGGAAGAUUGGGUACACCGAACAGGAAGUGUUGCAGGAGGAGCAAUACCUCACCAACCGGAGUCGUGGUGUGAAGUCGCUUGAUGAUUUGGGAGCCAGCUUACGCGAGAAAAAAAGGAGAGAGCGUGCGGCGCAAACAAAUGAAAUGGAAGACCUCCUGGAGGAGCGUCGAAUUCAAGAGUUGGAAGCCGGUGAUGCCGUAUUCACAGAAGAAGAACUUCUUGAGAAACCUGAGGUGUUGGGCAUUAAGCCAAAGCCCUAUGGGACAAGACGGCAAGUUUACAAACACGUGUAUGCUGCUGAUUUCGGGAAAGAUGAUCGCAAUCAAGCCAAGUUCCAGUGGUGGCUUGACAGAACACGUCGAAUCAAACGCGCUGUGGACACCAUCCACGGCGUCCCAGUUUAUAAUGAGCGUCUUUCGGCAAAUGAGGAGCAAACACGUAAACAAAUGCGUGAGGCUGCUGAGUUCAACUUUGCUCUUUCUCAGGCCCAGGGGGCAAAGGGAUUUACGGAUCCUCGUGGCCACUACGACGAGUUUGUCUCUGUGCUUCGGAAGAACAAAGACUUAAACGACGACAGUCGUGUUGAAGUGCAUGAAGAUGACGUUUUGAAGAAUGACAUUUUCCGAUUCCCUCACACGAAGGGCCAUGGCCCCAAGCCCCCUCCAAGGAGAUUCACCGACAAGGGCGAAAAGCCUGAAAAAGUUUGUACCGACGUGAACAGGCUACAUAGUGUCGAAGAGGCCGCCCAAGCAGCUCAACAAGGUGUGAGGGCUGCUGAGGAAGUAGUUAGACAAUAUGGCCUGGGCAAAGAAGAGAUUGAGAAGCCUGUUAACGAAAAUAUGGGUGACAUUACAUCACCGGACAGUGAUCCAUCGUCUUCGAAGGGCAACUAG